ACGUGGUUUCGGUUGUGCGCUGUUGAUUAAUUUGACAUGUGCCUCACACAUGGUGUUCGUUUCUAUACGCUUCGUUCGCGCAGUCUGCUAUAGCUUUAAGUUAGUUCCGUGGAUAUGACACACUUUGCGCAAUCAUUGUGCGUUGUAGCUAUCAGAAAUACGCGCGCAUUGUCUUGUGUACGGCGCGCGUUGCUUCAAACCGACUUCCUUCCCGCCACCAACGUUGGCAAAAUGGCCAAAAGCAAAUUCGAAUACGUGCGACUAUUCGAAGCCGACGACAAAUGCUUGAUGAACUGUUGGAUCGUCGUGCGCAUUGACGGCAAGGGCUUUCACAAGUUUUCCGACGCCCACGGCUUCGAAAAGCCCAACGACAAGCGGGCGCUCGACCUGAUGACGCGCUGUGCGGAGCACGUCAUGGAGGAAUUCAGCGAGAUCUGCGUGUCGUACGGACAGAGCGACGAGUACAGCUUCGUGUUUCGGAGAAGCACCGAACUCUACAACCGUAGGGCGAGCAAGAUCAUGACGAACGUGUGCAGCUUGUUCACGUCUUCGUACUUGUUCUACUGGUCCCAGUUCUUCACGUCCCCCGUGCAGUACCCGCCUUCUUUCGACGGCAGAGUAGUUUUAUACCCAAGCGACGCAAAUCUCAGGGAUUACUUGAGUUGGCGUCAAGCCGAUUGCCACAUCAACAACCUCUACAACACUGCCUUCUGGGCACUGGUGCAGCAAGGAGGCCUUUCUACUAAGCAAGCUCAAGAAAGAUUGCGAGGCACCGUGUCGUCAGACAAGAAUGAAAUACUCUUCCAGGAGUUUCAGACCAACUACAAUAACCUGCCGGCGUUAUAUCGCAAGGGCACCGUCGUCAUUCGUGAGCCAAUAAACGACGAAUCGUCAGGAGAUGGUUCGAAGGUGUCGAAAAAUCGUAAGCACGUAAAAGCGUACAGAAUAACUGCACUAAACGUCGAUCUAAUUCAGAAGGACUUUUGGAGUAAGUACCCGCACUUACUGGCAGAAUAAACUUAGCUUUUAAUACUCUU